GAUCAGGCGGAGAGAAGAGAUCAAAGCUCGGCGGAGUAAAUUUUGAUCCCUAACCCGAUUCACUUCUUUCAUCUUUGAUAUUCGUCUUCUUUGCUGUUUAUAUCUCGAUUUAUACACUCAAUUGCAUUCAACAUCUUCUUCAUCUUCUUCUAGAGCACAGAUGCCCUCGAUAUCACGGGACCCAGACCCCUCCUCCUCCUCGUCUGAUCUCGACGCAGAGAUCACGACACCAGAAAUCACCCAGCUCAUCGACGACUUUCUGCGCCACCUCCCGCAGCCGCCAGAGUCGCCUACGGUCUCGCUCGUGCCUGUUUUACCUUCUUUCUUUCUCGCACAGCUGAGUCCGCUUCUGAGAGCACGGUUGUCGUAUAACAUCAGCCAGUUUUCUGCCGUCGGGGAGGGCGAGGGAGAGGAAGGUGAAGAGCGGAGAGGGGAGAUGAGUGCGUUUGAUGCUGAACGCGUGCUCGAGUCCGUGACCUGCCAAUGGGCCUCUCUUCUCGCCUGGUCCUCAUCAACAGACACAGUCUCCAGCACCUCCCCUGACCUCGGCCCGCUCAUCGCGCGAAGUCUCUACACCGCAGCCUCAGAGCACGAGCUAGGCGAAGGCAGGCUGACCAUCGAGCCCAGCGGGAUUCUGAAACCAGACGUCGAGACGGUGCUGGUUGGCGUGUAUUUUCCCGACCACGGACUCUCGCUGACGUGGUGCUGGGAGAGCGGGGAGGGUGCGUGGCGCGUGCAUGAGGUGAAGCUGGGGAAGACGGAGGAGGUUGAUGAGGUUGAGAGGAUCGUGAGCGGGCUUGCGGUCGGAGAGGAUGGGGAUGAGGACGAUGAGAAUAGCUACUGGGACGAGUAUGAUCGGCAAUUACAAGCUGCAGAUGAUGGCGACGAUAACGGCGAGAGCAAUCUCACUCCUACUCCCGCUCCUGCUCCUGUCUCUCCAGCACAAUCAUCCCCGUCCGACGACGAGAGCUACUACGCCCGCUACAACGCCGUCGAGACCGCAGUCUCCGACCCGACUGAACAACCGCAUCAUCAGCAGGAGCAGUCGGCAGUCCUGACUCAUGUCCAAACAACAGUCAAGAGUCUUUACGACCUCGCUCGCGCGUCUGGGUUUUCUCGAGAAGAGUUUUUGAUGGCGGUCGGAAGCAGUUGUGUGUAAAUAGUUAAGAGUCUACUGUUGUAUAAACUAAUGAGAUCUCAGUUGUAUAAGCAAAACAUU